AUGGAACAGGAGCUUCAGGAGCAAGCAAAUAAGCUUCAACGAUACGAAGCUAAAUUAAGAGAUAUUAUAGCUGCCUAUAAAAAGCUCCAAGUUGAAAACGAAUCUCUUCAGGAUCGCUUACAGGCAGCUGAAAGUGUUGUGCUUGAGAAUGAUAAAUACAGAAAAGAGGUGGAAACUAUCCCCCUUUUGAAGCGAAAACUUAGUCAGUUGACUGGUGAUCUUGAGGCUGAGCAGAAGACCUCAAAAAAAUUAAACGAUGCCCUUUUAGAGGUUAACGAACAACACGAAGCCUCAACCCAUUACUUUGAGACUCGAAUAUCGGACAUCAUUUCCACUCUGAAAUCCUAUCAGGAAAUUCACCACAGGGAUACAGAAACAAUCAAACAGCUUCGAUCGGGGAGGGCAACUGAACACAUUAAAGAAACUUCCGAGUGCGUCUUUGAAAAAGAAUCUCUUGUGGAUUAUGUCUCGCGGAUGGUCAACUCCAAAAAUAGUGAGCCCGUGUCUUCAAGAAUGGGUCUCUUGUUUGAUCUCUUAACUCCAAUUUGGUCAGCUAUUGUUGAACUCAGUUCACUUCAACAACUGAACGUCGAAAAGAAGCUUGUGAGGCAUCUUGACUUGAAGUCUGUCGUUCCCACAGAAUGUCUUGAAGCCUGCGAGAAGGAAAAGUCAGAUUUGAAAGAGGAACUUGAUGCUUCGAAGUCGCGCCUCACAGAGCUCCAGGAGCUGACCAGAAAGUCACCGCAAAGCACCUCCCUCAUGUCACAUGCCCUCCGGGCGUCUCUUUCUCUUGACAUUAACAGUGCAGACGUGGAUAAACAAAAGCUCCAAUCCAAACUGCAAGAGGCUCAGGAUAAUAUUAAGCUCCUACGAAAUCAAAAUCUGGCGAUCCUACUUGAGUUAGAGUCGGUGAAGAAGUCAAUGCAGUCAAAAAUCGCUGGUCUCUAUAUUUGCUUUGUGGAUAUGUUCAACGAUAAAUUCGACGUUUCCUUUGGCAACGUGCGUUUCGUUGAUAGGAGAAAAGGUGCGUGUAAUGAGGCUACUCAGCGCCUCUCAGAGGCUACGGCGCGCUUCGAGGUCCAGUUGGCUCAGGCUGAGUCCGAGGCACGUCGAUAUCGGGAGCAGACACUGAGCCUGCUCAACGAGAAGGAGGAGGAAAUAGCCGAACUCCGGGCGGCCCUGCUGCCUUCGAGCAGUGCGUCUGCGUCGUCAUUUGCCCUCCGGUCUCCCAGUUCCCUCCACGUGGAAGAGCCGGACUCCUCCACCAGCCUCGGUCCCGCCUUUAAUGAAGAGCCUGCAACUCACUGCGGUUUGGUGCACUGCGCGGAGAAACACGGUCGACUGGUCACUGAAUUGAAGAAACUUCGCCGUUCCAAGAGGGAUUUGGAGCAACGCAUUGAGGCUCUGGAGGCGAGGAAUCGUGAAGACCGCAAAAUCCUACUUGAAGCCAAUAGGACAACAAAAACAGAAGCUGCCCCCACUCCUUCUGUAGAUGUCAAUAUGGCCUACGUUAAGAAUAUCGUUUUCAACCUGCUCUCCUCUUUAAACGCCUCGUCAAUUUCAUCAAGAUUAGCAAUAAUUAAGGCUCUAGUCAUGGCCCUCCAUUUCUCCCAAGAUGAGGAAAAUGCGCUUAUUAACGGGAUGAUGAACUAA